AUAGUCAAACGAAAAUUAUUAGUUUGUAAAUUGAAAUAUUCACCAACGAAUUUGUGAAUCUCAUAAUAUAAAUAAGCCCGUGAUCGUUUACAUUCGUUAAGUGUGUAUGUGUGCGUGUCAAAUUUGUAAACAGUCUCGAACGAAUAGUCUAAAAGUUAUGAAGGAUUUAUGCCGAUCGAUGAAUUUGCUAAAGCAUAGUUUAGAUCAAGAACAAGUAUCGUACAAUCCAGUCAAUAAUUCAAGCUCGGACGCAGAUUCGAACUACGGAUUCGACGUCUACUCACCGUCUUUGCAUUCAAUGUAUCAUCCAUUCCCCAAUGUAAUGUCACCUGGCGUUAUAGACGCGAGUGAUGUCGGGAAACAGACACCUGCGCAACAAGAGAAGCAUAUUAAGAGGCCUAUGAACGCGUUUAUGGUGUGGGCCCGCGAGAAACGAAAGUUGAUUUCCCAAGAGAAUCCAAAGAUGCACAAUUCGGAGAUCUCGAAGAUGCUCGGCGUAAUGUGGAAGGAACUCACCGAGGAAGAUAAAAUUCCUUAUAUUGAGAAGUCGAAACGUCUGCGUAUUCAGCUCCUAAAGGAUCAUCCGGAUUACAAGUAUAAGCCUCGAAGAAAGGCCAAAACACUGCCAGGCCAAUCUAUAGCCAUGGGACUAUCUUCGAGACAUUGCGCCAGUUUUCCUAUAUCGCCUUACAGUACGCCACUCGUCAAUCCUUCGGCUAUGGCUCAUGCAUUGCCCAUGGGAUACUAUCCGUAUCCCAGGUCAGUCCGUUUUAAGUUGAGGGACCCAGAUGUGUUGUCUACGUCAAUGGUUUCAGCUGAUGGCAACAACAAUGCGUCCUUGGACGUCAAUAGCUUAUAUCAAUUUUACUCGAUGGCACCGGCAGUUGGUAAUCCGACAUUGGCGCAGCAUCACCUGAACUCGUUCUUCCCGACCAGCCAUCAUACAUUAGGAACCAACAGUCUCCAUUCCCAAAUGAUGUUGCCCUCCACGUCCGAAGGUACAGGAAGCGAUAAAUCCAUCAACACUGAUGCCAACCUAUCACAACCUACUUCGUUAUCGAUGCACUCCCCUGAAGCAUCGACAUCAUCUGGGUCAUCUGCGUUGGAUCCCGAUUGGUAUAGAUACAAUCCGGCUCCGUUUUCACGAUGAAAUAUGAAGAUAUACGUAAUACGAUUCGGGUUAUCAUUACCAUGUACCUGCAAAAAG